AUGGAAGCUAUCAAGUCAGACACGAUGGAAGAGGAGGAAUUAAACCCCUACAUUGAUGAUUAUCCCUUUAUUGGAAGGACUGAAUAUUUAGAAAAAUGGGAGAAGAAUUGGAAAAAUCACAAAAUAUUUGGCAUUUUUGGAAUGCAAUGUGUAGGAAAGUCACGAACUGUUUGGGAAUUCCUAAGAUGGAAAAAGAAGCAAUGUGAAGAGAAAUGUUUCUUAAAGUCGGUUCAUAUUGACCUCCGUAAAGUUGAAAAUUUGGAUAUCAUCCGAAUUAGACUUCUGGCAGAAAUUGUUGGGCAUUCUCUAGAAAAAUAUGAAGAUGAUACAAGUUGGAUGGAGUCCGUCAUUUCAGCCAUAAAAGAAAAUUCAAAGACAAUAUUUGCUAUUGUAAUGGACAAUGCUGAAGACAUUAUCCUGGGUCCACUGAAAGACAAAUUUUUGACUCUGUGCCAAAAAUUGGUGUUUUCCUCAGGAGUUACAAAUGUGAAGAUGUUUAUUGUGUCAACAUGUGAGUUUCUGAUUGCAUCCAAAAAGCGUGUUUUCUUCAAGGAUGAAAUGAAGCCAAUGAACGAGGACGAAGGAAUGCGUCUCCUGAAGGAGGUGGUAAGAGAUUCAGUAUUCGGAUUGGAUGAACAUGCUGCCCAAAUUGUGAAACUUUCUGGAAGUCUGCCAUCAGUCAUUAUUAUGUCAGGUAGUGAAAUGACUGAAGAUGGUGGCUUGCUCACUCCCACAGAACUUAUUGAAUUGCUAAUGAAAUGCAGAUUAGAAAUUCUCAGCAGAGAGUUCUAUCCGGAAGAAGAAAGAACAGAUAUUCUGAUGAAAAACUUCAUUAACCGACUCUCAACAAUUCUUCGGGACCAAAUGGCAAUUCUGAGUUAUAUUCCAGGAACUUUUGAUGAUGAAACAGCAACAGGAAUGUUAGAUCAUGAAUCUCCAGCAAUGGCAAAGCAUAAGUCUUUGAUACCCCUAAGGAAACACCAUAUGUUGGAAUAUGACCAAGACAACAGACGAUUCAACAUCCAUGGACUUUUAAAGGAUUGCCUCAAUAUCAUGGAUAUUAUCAAAGAUUAUCCCAGUAAGAUACUUACUUGUUUAAUAGAUAUUAUUUAA